AUGGGCUUAUCAAGGCCAGGAGAUACACAGUGGGGUUCUCACCAUAGAACUGUAAUGCAUGUUUUGUCUUUGUAUCCUGCAAUCAAGAAAGUUCUCUUCAGGGCUGGGAAAGAAAGUAAAGGAGGUGAAGCUUUAGGAGCUCAAACUAUGCUGGAAGUAUUUGAGUCAUUCGAAUUUGUUUUCUUGCUGCACUUGAUGAAUGAAAUAUUUGGAUACACAAAUGGAUUUUGCAAUGCAUUUCAAAGGAGGGAUCGGGAUAUUGUGAAUGUUAUGGACCUUCUUGCGGACACAAAGAUAGAACUAGAUGUUUUAAGAGAUGAUGCUGGAUGGAAAGAAUUCCUUGAUAAUGUCACGUCUUUUUGUGUGAAGCACCGUCUCAAAGUUGUUGACAUGGAUGGGAAGUACAUGCCUAUACAAAGAGAAAAGAGGUUCUAUAAAGAUGGCAUUAAUUACCACCGGUUUCAUGCUGAUAUGUUUUUGGGUGUCAUUGAUAGGCAACUUCAGGAGCUUAAUAGAAGAUUUGAUGAGGUAAACACAAGGCUGCUUAGAUGCAUGGCAUCAUUUAGUCCAGCCAAGUCAUUUUCUGCUUUUAAUGUUGAGAACCUUGUUAAGCUUGCUGAAUUCUAUCCGCAUGAUUUUGAAUUUGAAGAAUUGGUCCAACUUCCUUUUCAACUGAAACACUAUAUUAAUGAUGUGAGUAAGGAUGAAAACUUUGCAAAUUUGAGAAGCCUAGCAGAGUUGUCUAUGAUGCUUGUUAAAACAGACAGGGUCGUUCGGUAUGAUACUGUUUACAAACUUCUGAAAUUGGUGCUAUACUGGUAG